UCCUUGAAGAAGACUUUUCAAAAGUCAAAAAGAGAAAAAAUGAAGAGUGACUCGAUAGCCGUUGAUGUCCCUGCAGAGUCGAGCUCAGCCAUCAAAGGCAAAGCACCUCUCCUCGGUUUAGCCAGAGACCACACUGCCUCAGGAAGUUACAAGAGAGGUCUCUCCAUUUUCGAUUUCCUUCUCCGGUUAGCUGCCAUUGUAGCUGCCUUAGCUGCUGCUGCCACAAUGGGGACUAGUGAUGAGACUCUACCUUUCUUCACUCAGUUUUUACAGUUUGAAGCUAGCUACGAUGAUCUUCCAACUUUUCAAUUCUUUGUGAUUGCCAUUGCAAUAGUCGCAGCUUACCUUGUCCUAUCUCUCCCCUUGUCAGUCGUCACGAUUGUUCGCCCUAUAGCCGUCGCUCCAAGGCUCCUUUUGCUUGUUCUUGACACUGCUGCUCUGGCUCUGGACACAGCAGCUGCUUCCGCAGCAGCGGCCAUAGUGUAUUUGGCACACAAUGGGAAUACAAACACAAACUGGCUUCCAAUCUGCCAACAGUUUGGAGAUUUCUGUCAGAAAACGAGUGGAGCUGUCGUCUCUGCCUUUGCCUCUGUCACUUUUUUAGCCAUCCUUGUCGUUAUCUCCGGCGUCUCUCUCAAACGACCCUAGCUCGACAAUAGAGAUUCUUCGAGCGAAAGAAGAAACAUCGUGCGAAGGAUUUAACUAGCAUUUGUGUGAAAUGUUUAUAUGGAAGAACUUUUUAUAUUUAGUAUUUGUGUGAGAUCUUGGUGACUCUAUAAUGUGUUUUGUAUUCAUCUUUGGAAGGAUUGAAAAUUGCUGGAAGUUAAUUGUCA